GUCUGUACGUUUUAAUACUUCAUCUGGUUCAAGUCAAGAACAAACGUCAACUUAUACUUUCUCACAACAACCGCAGAAGUAUCGUCUGGAUACAGUAAAGUAAACCUCAGUAUCGUUAUUUUACCAGACAACAUGGCUGUGUUUAAGAACUGUUCUGUGCUUUUCGAGCUGAAGAACUUGCCUUUCAAGGAGAAGAAGCAGCUCAAAUCAGCAGUAACAGAGAAUGGAGGCAACAUUUCUUUCGUGGUCAAUAACCAGUGCUCUCUGAUAGUGACCAGUGACCCGUCCAACCUCAGCUCCAGCAGGCUGCGUGGUAUCCAAAAAUACCAAAUACCCGUAGUCGGGGUGGAUUAUGUGUACAGCUGUCUGGAGAAAGGAGUUUUUCUGCCCGUGGAUGAAUACAAGCUGGAUUCUACCUCUCCCGUCGCUUUUUCACCUCCUCUUCCUUUCUCCUCAGAGACACAAAGUCCACUCUCACAUAAAGUGUCCAAAGUACAAACCAACAAAGCAGUUGCAGAGCCUUCCAAAGGCUCAGCCGGGCUUCAGAGGGCAGAGACUCCGGAGAGGAGCGGAAACGUCCUGGAAAAGUUCAGAAUUUAUACUGAAACUGAUUCUGAUCUUCCAACGUAUCCGGAUAAUUUUGAAGUGGCCAAGUAUUCAAUCUUUGAAAAGACAAACAGCAACUUUUGCUGUGUGCUGGAGCUGCAGAGUUUCAAAGGGGACAAAGGACGGCAGUACCGUGUGGUCAGGUGCUGUAAGGCUAAUGUAGGAGCCAAGAAAGUGAAGGACAUGUUGGUGUUUCCGUCCACAUCAGAGGAAGCUGUGGAUGUGUACGAGGCCCUCAGAGAGAAACUGCACACGACUGGUCUGCAGCUGAUGAGCAAAAUCCCUCCACAAGCACUGGACCUGGGCUCCAACCCCCUCCAGCAACUGCUGCUUGAGGAGAAGCUGAACACAGGAAGCUUAUCCCAGGAAGUGGGCGUAUUUGUGGAGCUUCUGUGGACCGAGGCCCUGGGCUGUCUUGACAGCGUCCUCAGAGUUUCAAUCGACAAGCUCAGCCUCAAUGAUGUGAGCAGGGUGGAGGGCUUGUUGCUUCAGGCUCAGAGGAAGCUGAGAGAGGCUAAUCAAACUGAGAUGGCAUCUCUCCUGGAUGAGGUUUACACCCUGCUGCCGCACAGAGAGCCCCCACUAUCCCCCACUGCCAAGCUCAUCUCUCAGAAACUGGACCUCUGUCAGUUAAUCAGAGAUGUUCUAAACGUGAGUGAGAUGACACUGAGAAGCCCAGUGCCUUCCUGUCUUGGGAAGUACCGCGCUCUGAGAUGCAGCAUUGAGACUGUUCCCCCCAGCAGCUCGGAGUUUCAGGCUGUGACGUCUCUGCUGCAGGGCAGCAAGGUGCAGAUCCAACGGGUGCUGCGUGUCAGCAGAGGGGUGGAGCUUCAGAUGUUUAAGAGUGAGCUCGGGAACAUUAAGCCCCUCCUCCAUUCCUCCAGCCCCAGAAACUUUGUGGGAGUCCUGUCUCGUGGUCUGCUGCUGCCCCGUGUUGGAGUGGAGCAUCAUGGGAUAGAGAGAACAGAUGUUGGUAAUCUGGGCAGUGGAAUCUACUUUAGUGAUGCCAUGAGCACCAGUUUGAAGUACUCUAAGCCCAGUGAGACAGACGGCUCUCGGCUGCUUUUGGUUUGUGAUGUGGCAUUGGGACGGUGCAAGGAUGUCCACAAGAGAGACCUCACACUGACCCAGGCUCCUGAGGGACACCACAGUGUGCAUGGUGUCCGCAGCACCCAUAAAACUCACUCUGAGUUUGAGGAUGACGAAUACGUGGUGUACAGUCCUGAACAGGUGAAACUGAAGUACGUGGUUCAGUUUAGCAUAGAGGGAGACCAAAUAAAGGAGUUCAGUCCUGCCAUCAAUACCUCAGCUGAGCCUAGCCUGCCCUCUUCUGACCAAGAGCUCGGUUUGGAGGAUGACGGGGUUGAAAGCAUUAAAAACCCACUGGAGGGUGUGACAGCUGGACUUUUGGACAGCUCUGGUCAGCAGCUCCCUCUGCAGGCCGUCCACGUGAAGUGCAAACUGAUGGAUCUGCUCUCUCAGGUCGUCAUUUUCCAAAAGUACACCAAUCUGAGCUCUGUGCCAAUUGAGGCCAAGUAUGUCUUCCCGUUGGAUGAUUCUGCAGCAGUGUGUGGAUUUGAAGCUUUCAUCAAUGGGAAACAUGUGGUUGGGCAGGUAAAGGAGAAAGAGACGGCCCGCAAGGAGUACAGGCAGGCUAUUGAGAAAGGCCAUGGAGCCUACCUCAUGGACCAGGACGCCCCUGAUGUGUUCACCAUCAGUGUGGGCAAUCUGCCCCCGGGUGCGACUGUCCUCAUUAAAGUCACCUUUGUGUCUGAGCUGAUCGUCAGGGACGGGAGCAUCCUCUUCUCCCUCCCUGGGAGUGUGGCUCCGUGGCAGGAGGGUGCAGCGCUAAACCAGACCACACAAGUCACUGUGGAGAAGGUGUGUGUGACCGAUGAGGAAGCAAGUACGAGAGAGUUCACCCUGGACAUGUCAAUCGAGAUGCCCUAUGAGAUCUCCAGCCUAAAGAGCACCACUCACAAAAUCAAGAUGAAGAGAACAGACUGUAAGGCGGUGGUGAGCGUGCUGCCGGGAGAGGUCAUGGGUCCAGAAGGUUUCCAGCUGUCAGUCACUCUGUCUGAGGUGCACCUGCCCAGGAUGUGGGUUGAGAAACACCCUGACAAGGACAGCCAGGCCUGCAUGUUGGUUUUCUAUCCAGACUUUGACAUCAACUCCAUUUCAGCAUCCGAUGAAGUCGUCCUGUUGCUGGACACAUCUGAGUCCAUGAAGGGAGAAUCUCUCCGCAUAGCCCAGAGAAUUGCCCUGCAGGUCCUCAAAACCCUUGACCGAAACCUCAGACUCAAUGUCAUUUUCUUUGGCACAGAUCACACAGAAACUUUCCCGACAGCACAACCUCUUGCUGAAUCUCGUCAGGCAGCCGAGAGCUUCAUCAAGCUCUGCUCCUCUACCGCCUAUCAGCGCUUCUCUCCAGUAGGAGGCAGCACUGAGCUGUGGCGGCCCCUGCGAGCGCUCAGCCUGCUGCCUCCGUCCCGAGGCGUCAGGAACCUGCUGCUGCUGUCAGACGGCCACAUCCAGAACGCAGAGCUCACCUUGCAGCUGCUCAGAGACAACGCUCAGCACAGCCGCCUCUUCACAUGCGGCCUCAGCCCGACAGCCAAUCGGCACAUGCUGAGAGCCCUGGCCCAGGCAGGGGGUGGAGCCUUCGAAUUCUUCGACACAAAAACCAAACACAACUGGGCAGAGAAGGUGGCUCGUCAGGUGAAGCGUAUGGCUUCUCCUGGUUGCAGUUCAGUUUCAGUGAAGUGGCAACAAUUUAAUCCAACAGCGCCCCCUCCCGUGCAAGCUCCCAAGCACCUCCAUGCUCUGUUCAAUGACUGUCAUACCCUGGUUUAUGGCUUUGUGCCGCACUGCACUCAGGCCACCCUUCUUGGUAACCUGAGUGGUCAGGAGCUCAAAACCAUGGUGUCAACCAGUGAGCUGCAGAAAACCAGGGGCACAUUUCUGCACAAGCUCACAGCAAGGGCCCUCAUCAGGGAUUAUGAAGACGGAAGCCUGGACACCAAUGAAGCUGAACAUGAGGGGAAGAAAGCAGAGUUGAAGCGCUUCAUCAUCGAGUUAAGCAGAGAGUUCUCCAUCCUGUCUCAGUUCACCAGCUUUGUGGCCAUCGAGGAAAGGGACUCAGAACAAACAGAGACGGGUUUCACAGACAUCCCCAAGCUGAUCGCAGAGGAAGAUGUGGAUGUCCUCCCCUACAUCAGCUGGAUUUCUCCUCAGGAUAGUUAUGCGGAAGGAAGGAGGGAAGAGUUGGAUUUGAGUGAUUUGAUAACGGAAGAUGAGGGAGAUGUUUUGGCAGAUGAGGCCGAAGUCUCUCAAGAUUAUUCACCCGCGGAUGGAAUCUUCGAGAACGGAUCGACAGAAGGGGAGGAAGAGUGUUUUGAAACUUUGCCGAUGGAACGUGCAUGUUUUUGGGAGGGUGAAGAUGAGAGAGACAUUUUGGAAGGAGCCAUAGCCUCUGCAAGUUAUUUAUCCAUGGAAGAUAAUUAUCUUGAUGAUGAUGAGGAUGAAGAUAAGGGAGGUAUUUUGGCAGAAGAGGCCGAAGUCUCUCAAGAUUAUUCACCCGCGAGUCCUCCUUGUUCAGUUACUGCACAGCCUCAGAAAUAUCUGAACACCAAUCAAGUCUUAGAGCGUGACAGCAAGAGACGGUACCGAAGGUUCAUAGAAGAGGUGCCUGAAAAGUUGGUUUCUUCAACUGAGCGAGCAACAUUUCAAAUGGACCUCAAGCAUACUCCUUCUCUUGGCUUGUGUGACUCCAUAUACAACAUGCUCCCCACAUCUGGUGCCUCUGCAGCCCCUCAACAACCCUGUCGCAUUGAAGAAAGCUUGAGUGGCUCAGCACUUUUGCCAUCCCAAUCGCAACCUGUCAAUUUUAGCUUAUUUGGCUCUUUUCCGCACUUCCAGUCAGAACCUACAUUUUCUGCCUCUGCAGACACUCUACCUCCACCCCCUUCAAUUGGUCGUAGCUCAUUUGGCUUUUCACCUGCGCAGUUCCAGUCAGAACCUACAUUUUCUGCCUCUGCAGACACUCUACCUCCACCCCCUUCAAUUGGUCGUAGGUUAUUAGGCUUUUCACUUGCGCAGAUCCAGUCAGAACCUGCAUUUUCUGCCUCUGCAGAGACUCUGCCUCCACCCCCUUCAAUUGGUCGUAGGUUAUUAGGCUUUUCACUUGCGCAGAUCCAGUCAGAACCUGCAUUUUCUGCCUCUGCAGAGACUCUGCCUCCACCCCCUUCAAUUGGUCGUAGGUUAUUAGGCUUUUCACUUGCGCAGAUCCAGUCAGAACCUGCAUUUUCUGCCUCUGCAGAGACUCUGCCUCCACCCCCUUCAAUUGGUCGUAGGUUAUUAGGCUUUUCACUUGCGCAGAUCCAGUCAGAACCUGCAUUUUCUGCCUCUGCAGAGACUCUGCCUCCACCCCCUUCAAUUGGUCGUAGGUUAUUAGGCUUUUCACUUGCGCAGAUCCAGUCAGAACCUGCAUUUUCUGCCUCUGCAGAGACUCUGCCUCCACCCCCUUCAAUUGGUCGUAGGUUAUUAGGCUUUUCACUUGCGCAGAUCCAGUCAGAACCUGCAUUUUCUGCCUCUGCAGAGACUCUGCCUCCACCCCCUUCAAUUGGUCGUAGGUUAUUAGGCUUUUCACUUGCGCAGAUCCAGUCAGAACCUGCAUUUUCUGCCUCUGCAGAGACUCUGCCUCCACCCCCUUCAAUUGGUCGUAGGUUAUUAGGCUUUUCACUUGCGCAGAUCCAGUCAGAACCUGCAUUUUCUGCCUCUGCAGAGACUCUGCCUCCACCCCCUUCAAUUGGUCGUAGGUUAUUAGGCUUUUCACUUGCGCAGAUCCAGUCAGAACCUGCAUUUUCUGCCUCUGCAGACACUCUACCUCCACCCCCUUCAAUUGGUCGUAGCUCAUUUAGCCCUUCACCUGCGCAGUUCCAGUCAGAACCUGCAUUUUCUGCCUCUGCAGACCCUCCACCACCUUUCAGUGAUCAUCCGUUCUCAUCACUUCACCUUCCUUGCUCAGCUCCUCCUCCAAAAAAAACAAUUCUAGUCAGUGAGUCACUGGAGGCACACAAGAGCUCAGAACCACAAGAUUUUGGGAGUGCAUGUUAUAGGAGUAUAUCAGCACCCCCCGUACCUCAAGUCCAACUUUUGAAACUGGCCAGUCAUCCAUUAAAUGCUGACACUCCAAGUCCAGUUGAUGCACCGAAAAAACAGAGGUUGCAAGAAAAAAUAAGGUUGCGAACACUUGAAUUUAAAGAAUUACAAGAAACUCAACCAGUAGAGUUUUCUUCUGGGACAAGACUGGCCCUGAGAAAAUAUCCCCUUUGUUUAAAACGAAGGUCCUUGACAUCUUUACAUCACAUGGGGAGAAGGUCAGCGGUUCCUGAAGCACUGAAGCUCAGAUGGACAAAGAUCUUCCAGAUGCAGCAUUCAGAGGGCUACUGGGAGUUAACCACAGAACUGGGUGAAUUCAUAAAUGUCGAUGUAGAUGUCUUCGCCAACGUGUUCCUGAAAAGCAAGGGCAUCAGUUCUCUAGGUGUGAGGGCCCAUGCAGACAUCCUGAAGCUGGUGGCGACUCUUCUGGUUCUGCAGCUGAUGAGGGUGGAGAAUCUGGAAGAAGGCAAACUGCUUCGCACCCUCUUCUGCAUGGAUGACUCCUCUCAGCCCAGGCCUGAGUGGUGGGAGGAAGUGAAGAAGGCGGUGGACUGGGUUCGCUGGGCUGACCGGCAGUACCCCUGUGUCUACAGCCGGCUGGAGUUUGGUUCGAGCUGGGAGUCCUCCACCCGUCAGCUGCUGGGCUACGAAGGCCUCCCUCCCUUCUCACCUCUCAGUGGUCUCAACCUGCAGAGGAACGCUACCCCUGUACUGGUGCACUGAGCAUGUCAACAUGACUGAGCGAACAUGAAGAGUUGAUUGUGUGAGGGAUAUUCAUAACCUGUUUGCCUUUUUGAAGGGAUGCGAUUAUCUUUUAGAUUUAUUUUCUCAUAGAUAUGCACAUUUCUUUGCCUUAUGUAAAGCAAUUUUACAUGCACUGAAAUAACCAGAUACAGUUGGCUUUCUGCAGUAACGUGAUGAGAAACAUGUUUCCUUCAUGGGUAGGGUAAUGUACUGGAGAAAGCUAAUUCCAUGACCAUGUAUACUUUGUUUAGUAGAGGAUAAAUCUUAUGCCUGACCUGCUGCAUGUAUACACAGUGUUUGACUAAAUGUCUAACCUUGUUUCAGUGAAUGCACUGUGUAUGGAAGUUGCUAUACCAAUGAAUUUCCUUGCCUUACACAAACAACUUCCUUCCAGCAUAUUUGUUACUUCAUUGUAGAAUAGAAGUUCAAAAAGUAGAAAGACAUACAGGGACUAAAUGUAGAAUGGAAACAUUUUAGUAUUUAAGUCCUUUAAUUGAUUAAGUUUAGUACUCAAGUACUCAUUAUGUUUUACUAUUUGAUGUUUUUGGAUCGAUAUGUAAGUUGCAUUUUACUGCUGAUUUACUGCUAGAUGUUUGAGGGUGUGCUGAUUUUAUUUCUUUAUAUUCUGUUGGCAAUGCAUUAUAAGAUCAUCAUGUAUUUUUAACUUCGCUGUCUUGUGAGAACAACAUAUCUCUAAAAAGUCAACUUUUCAUGAGCUCAGAAAAUCAGCCCUGUUUUCAGCUUUGUGACGAUGCAUUUUCCAGCUGAUCCAAAGGGGAUUGCUGAGUUUGGGUGAAGACAUCAUCACUAUGAGUCAGCAGCAGAGAGAGGGAUGAAGAAAGAGAAGUGGAAAGACCAAACAUGGACACACCAACACACAAAAAUUACACCCAAAGACAACAUGAAGAGAGAAUAUUUAAGGGAUAAGCAGAAGGCAGAUCGACGUUAUUCCUCUGCAGACCAAAAGACUAAAAUAAGUGUUUGGGAUUUGAACAACAAACAAAAAGGACGCUUCAGAAUAUCCCUCAGUGGAUUUCAGGAGAUCGAGUGACAGAGGAUUACCACGUCCAAAUUACCUGAAGAAUUAUUGCAUUCUCUUGUUCAACUGCAUGGACUGAGGACUUUUAGAGGCAUUUUUGCGGGCUUUGAACAAAGCCUCAACUUUCUGCCAGAUUCUACAGUUCUAAAGCGAAGAAAGGAUUUCACUGCAGGACAACUCCUUCCUCUCCCUCUCUCCAAAUAGAAGACUUCCAAAUUACUCAAACUCAGCUAUUUUUAAUCAGGUUAUGGAUUUUAGUUAGUAUUGAUCAAUUUUAAUCAGUAUAAGUUGUAUGCUUGCCUGUGCUUCAUUUUGUAAUAAAAUUAUAAUCCCUGCAUUCAAAGUA